GGCAGGCGGGGGGCGGGGCCGCCGGCCGGCCGAGGGCGGCCCAAGAUGGCGCGGGGUCGGCGGCGCUCGCCGGCUGCCUCCGCUUGAGCGCCCGGGGCGGCGGCGGUGGCGGUUCAUGCGCCGGGCGCCCGGCCGCGGCGGGGACCUGCGGGAUGGAGGGCGGCGAGCUGGGCGCGGAGAACAUGGAGACGCUGACCGAGCUGGGAGACGAGCUCACCCUGGGCGACAUCGACGAGAUGCUGCAGUUCGUCAGUAACCAAGCAGGCGACUUCCCAGAUCUGUUUUCGGAUCACUUGUGUGGCACCUUCCAGGGCGGCAGCAGCAGCGGCGGCGGCAGCAGCGGCGGGACCCUGGAGCCGCAGGGGCAGCGGUACAGCCAGGUGCAGGUCCAGCCCUUCCCGCUGCCCCCCGCCUCCCCCCAGCUCCAGAGCCUGCCCGUCAAAGCUGCCCAGGCAACCCCCCCGGCCCCGCCGCGCUCGGCCCCCCUCCUCCAGCCCCGGCCCCCGCUGCAGCCGCAGCUCCAGCAGCAGGCCGUGAUGAUCGCACCCACCACCUUCAGCUCUGCUCCACAGACCAGGAUCAUCCAGCAGCCGGUGAUCUACCAGAACGCAGCCACGAGUUUCCAAGGUAUUCUCCAGCCUCAAGUCCAGAGCCUGGUGACUUCCUCCCAGGUGCAGCCGGUUACCAUCCAGCAGCAGGUGCAGACGGUGCCGGCCCAGCGAGUGCUCACGCAGGCGGCCAACGGCACCAUCCAAACCUUAACACCAGCCACGGUCCAGACAGUUGCUGCACCACAGGUCCAGCAGGUUCCAGUUCUGGUCCAACCUCAGAUCAUAAAGACGGACUCCCUUGUCCUGACAACGCUGAAAGCGGACGGGAAUCCUGUUGUGGCAGCGGUUCAGAACCCAGCGCUGACAGCGCUCACUGCGCCCAUCCAGACCACGGCUCUGCAGACCCUCGUUGGGAGCAAUGGGACCAUUUUGACCACAAUGCCGGUGAUGGUGGGACAAGAAAAGGUGCCUAUCAAACAAGUUCCUGGGGGUGUCAAGCAACCAGAACCACCUAAAGAAGGAGAGAGGAGAACAACUCACAACAUCAUUGAAAAGCGCUACCGGUCAUCCAUAAAUGACAAGAUCAUUGAGCUGAAGGACCUUGUCAUGGGGACAGAUGCCAAGAUGCACAAGUCUGGAGUCCUGAGAAAAGCCAUUGAUUACAUUAAAUACCUACAGCAGGCCAACCAUAAGCUGAGGCAGGAGAACAUGGUUCUGAAGCUGGCUAACCAAAAAAACAAGCUGUUGAAGGGCAUUGACCUAAGCAGCUUGGUUGACAACGAUGUGGAUCUGAAGAUAGAUGACUUCAACCAGAACGUGCUGCUGAUGUCUCCUCCAGCCUCUGACUCAGGAUCCCAAGCUGGCUUCUCUCCCUAUUCCAUUGAUUCGGAGCCGGGAAGCCCUCUCCUUGAUGAUGCAAAGGUUAAAGAUGAGCCUGAUUCUUCUCCUGUGGCCCUUGGUAUGGUGGAUCGCUCUCGAAUACUCCUCUGUGCUCUCACAUUCCUUUGUCUUUCCUUCAAUCCUCUGACGUCCCUCCUGGAUGCCCGAGGAACCUCGGAGUCUGACAGCCUGGUGCACCACGGCUCUGGCAGGAACGUGCUGACCAUCGAGUCAGAUGUGGGUGGUUGGUUCGGCUGGAUGAUGCCCACGCUGAUCCUGUGGCUGGUGAACGGAGUGAUUGUCCUGAGCGUGUUCGUUAAGCUCCUUGUGCAUGGAGAGCCGGUGACGCGGCUGCACUCGAGGUCAUCGGUCGCCUUCUGGAGGCACCGCAAGCAAGCGGACCUGGAUUUGGCACGGGGGGAUUUUGCUGCAGCUGCGUCAAACCUGCAGACUUGCCUGUCGGUUCUCGGCCGAGCGCUGCCGGCUUCCCGCCUGGACCUGGCCUGCAGCCUGUCCUGGAACGUGAUCCGCUACAGCCUGCAGAAGCUGGCGCUGGUGCGGUGGCUGCUGAAGAGGACCUCUCAUCAGUGGCGGGCAAGGGAGGCCACCGCCGGCUCCGAGGACGAGGCCAAGACCAGCGCCCGGGAUGCAGCUCUGGCAUAUCACAAGCUCCACCAGCUCCACAUUACAGGUAAACUUCCUUCCAGCUCAGCUUACUCAGGCUUGCACAUGGCCUUGUGCGCUGUGAAUCUGGCUGAGUGUGCAGAAGAAAAGAUCCCACCCAGCACCAUGGCAGAAAUCCACCUGACGGCUGCGGUUGGCUUGAAAACCCGCUGUGGAGGCAAGCUUGGCUUCUUAGCGAGCUACUUUCUAAGCCAGGCCCAAAGCCUGUGCAGCUCGGAGCGCAGUGCCAUUCCUGACUCGUUGCGUUGGCUGUGCCACCCCCUGGGGCAGAAGUUUUUUGUGGAGCGAAGCUGGACGGUGAGGUCUGCUGCGAAGGAGAGCCUGUACUGCACCCAGAGGAACCCUGCGGAUCCUAUUGCACAAGUUCAUCAGGCGUUUUGUGAGAACCUGCUGGAACGAGCAGUGGAUUCACUUGUGAAGCCUCAGGCUAGGAAGGAGGUGGCGGGACAAGAGGAGGAGGAGCCAUGUGAGUUCUCCGGUGCUAUGGAGUACCUGAAACUGCUCAACUCUUUCUUGGACUCUAUGGGAAGCGGAGCCCCACCCUUUGCCAGCAAUUCUGUGCUCAAGUCUUCUGUGGGCCCCGAUGUGGUGUGUAGAUGGUGGUCAGCAGCGGUGGCCAUGACAAUCGGGUGGCUCAGAGGCGACGAUGCAGCUGUGAGGUCACAUUUCACAGAAGUGGAGCGUAUGCCGAAAUCCCUGGAGAUGUCAGAGAAUGCCCUGGUGAAAGCCACCUUCUACGUGUGUAAAGCCAUGCAGGCCUCGCUGUCUGGGAAGGCAGAUGGACAGCAGAGCUCCCUGGGUCACUGUGAAAGGGCCAGUGGUCAUCUAUGGAACAGCCUCAACAUGAACAGCAGUGUCUCCAGCACUGUCCUCAACAAUAUGAUCCAGCUGCUGGCCUGUGACUUGCUGCUCUCUCUCCGCACCAGCCUGUGGCAGAAGCAGGCGAACGCCAGUCAGGUCCUGGGUGAGACCUACCACGCCUCGGCUCCGGAGUUGACGGGCUUCCAACGCGACCUGGGCAGCCUGCGUAAGCUGGCCCACAGCUUCAGGCCUGCCUAUCGCAAGGUCUUCCUCCAUGAGGCCACUGUGCGCCUGAUGGCAGGUGCCAGCCCAACACGUACCCACCAGCUGCUGGAGCACAGCUUGAGGCGACGCACACCCCAGAGCAGCAAGCAAGGUGAACUGGACACCCUGCCGGGGCAGAGAGAGCGAGCCACAGCCAUCUUGCUGGCCUGCCGCCACCUGCCCCUCUCCUUCCUCUCCUCCCCGGGCCAGCGAGCUGUCCUGCUGGCUGAGGCCGCCCGCACCCUGGAGAAGGUGGGAGACAAGCGCUCCUGCAACGACUGCCAGCAGAUGAUUGUCAAGCUGAGUGGGGGCACAGCCAUUGCCGCCUCCUAACGCUGCCGUGGGGCCACCUUGUGUGAAGACAGCCUGGUGGACCAUCAGCCUGGACUUCCCUUCCGGAGCUUAAAAAAACAAAAUGUGCUAGGUUAGGGCUGUGCUGGUGGGAUCAAGAUGGGGUGGGAGAGGGAGGGUUUUGGUUUUAUUUUCUCGUGUUUUGUUUUGUUUUUUUUUUUUUUUUAAAACUUGCCCCAGGUUUAGCUUUAUUAUCCUCCUUACUUGUUCUCAGGCGCUGCAGCAGAAAUUUGUCUAGUUGUGGUUUUUGCUGUUGGGAAGCGCUGCCCCAACCUGGAACCCCCAUCCCUGCUGGGGGGUGAAGCCUGCAAGCCCAGGGCAUAGAAAAGUGACACAUCCCGUGUCUGUCCUCAGGGGCAUCUUGUUGCCUUCCCAAACACCUUUGCAGAUGGCAGCCUCUGGGGAGGGCAGAGGAUCUUCUCAAGGCUUGUCCUGGGGGCUGCUGGGGCCUGGGGCUGUUCCUGAGAGAGGGGGGAAGGCACCAGCUUUCCGUGAGCUGUGCAUGUCAGGAAACUGCUUUUUCACUGAAGCCCCCUACACCUGACUUUUACAGAGGUGCUCUGGGAGUGUCGCUUGGGGCCAGUACUGCCUGGCAAAUUUCUCUACCGUUUUUAUACAGGUUUUUUAUAGGAGUGUUUGUGGCUUUACAAAAACAUAGGGAACGAUGCAGCAGAUUUCACUUCCUUUCCACUUCAUUUGUCUCCUUCCCAUGAUCAGAGCUGCCUUGGGUUUUUGGCAGGAGGCUGCAUUUGUGGCAGCCUACAACACGCAGAGCCCUGCAGGAGGCCGGGGAGUCCCUGGUCACCUGGUGCCGGGUGGCAGCAGGGAUGGACGUGCAGCGCCCUGCACGCUGCAUGAAGGGCGAAUGCUUUUCUGGUGCCUUUUCGUUGAUGCAGAAACAAUUUUUAGAGACAGGGUUUGUUUGUUUUUUUUUCCUCAAAUCCCAGUCCCAGAACUUGUCUUCAGGUGUUUCUCCUUCUCCAACAGCUCCUGCAGGGACUGGGAGGCACUGGCUCAGGGUGUGAGUCUCCCAGCUCUGUUUCUGUCGCUCUUCAGGGCAGUUUGACUUGGUGGGUGUUGAAUUGCCUGUGACUUUCUGAGAGGGGAAGGUGGGUCAGGGACAGGGAAGGAACGGUUUGCCCCCUUUCUCUCUGCCUUUUCUGUUGCAUCCCUUCGAAGAAAUGCGAAGCAAUUGCCAUCUCACACAUGCAGAGAUGGAAACCAGCCUUUGGUGGAUGGGCAGCAGUUUUUCCCUGUGCAUGACUGGCGUGUGCUCUGUAUCAGCAGCUAGAAGUACUUAUAUGUGGGCAGCAGCCCAACCCUAUCCUGUCCCAGUCAGACCCACACAGCCUCAUUCCUCCUGUAAAAUCAGAAUUUGGGCUCUUUUGCAAGAAGCUUCUACAUGUAUCCAGAUUUUGCAGAGAAGCAUGAGAGCUUGAGCUCCUCCCAACAGGAGAGGAAAAAGAUGGGGGCUUGUUGUCUCACUUUCUAUGGGAGAAACCUGUCUCCCGGCAAAGCCCAUUCCCAGUGUCCUUGGGCUAAUGCUGCAAACAAAAGCGUGGGGACCAGAAGACACUUCCCUCCCUGCCCCACUUUAUUUGGGGAAUAGCUGGUGGACCCCCAACCCCAAUGGCCAGCAGCCUGUGCUGCUGUGUGUUGGAGGGGACCUCAUCCGUUGAGGGGGAGAGACUGCGCUUGUGUGACUUUGAUCAGUGUAUGGGAUGCUCUGGUUCUGGUGGUGGCAGCCACUUUGAGCAUGUAUCCUAAGCGUGCAGAACAGCUCUUGGGUCUGGAUGGGUUUUGAUUGUCCAUCCCAAGCUUCCUAGUUUAUCAGUGAUCCCAUUUUUUGGGGGGGUGGAUGCCAUCCUCCUACUUUUCCUAAGUGGUUUUCGCACUUACUUCCUGGUCAUGGGUUUUUCCUAAAAUACAGAAACUCUUUCCUGUGGUCAACAUCUGAGUUAUUUUGUGUUUCCCUUGAUCUGCAUGUAGCGUGUGGGAAGUUUUGUGUUUUAGUAAAAGGGGAAGUGAGGCUUUGGGAAAACAGAGAUACUGAGGCUUCACUUUGUCACUUAACGGUGGACUGAGUCCUGGGGCUGGGCUGCAGUGAGUACGGGUGGGCUGGAGCUGGGAGGCUGCUGGGCUGAAACCCUCGUAGCUCAUGGCAUGAUCCACAGAGCGUCCCACCACUGCUGGUACUUCUCUCCCCUCCAGGGCAAGGGCUCUUCAUCCUGUCUUUUUUCUACACUGUCCAUAAAUUGCUGCCCAUCUCUCCCUACAACUUUUUUAUAUGUGUGUGUAUAUACUGCAACUUUUUUGUUGUUGUUGUUGGCGGGUGGGAGAAAAUUGUUUUAUGGAUUAUGUGAAGAAAGUCUAUUUAUCCACAUGGAGUUCGGAGUAGGGAUGCUUUGUGAUACAAGGUGAAACUGGUGGUGGGGAGGUUCCCCGGGGAAAAUAUCUGCUGUCUGAAAACCCUGUUCCAGGGAUCAUGAGCAUCUGUUACCUAAUAAAGGCGAACAUUACCACCA